AUGGCCUACAACUUUGUCAGGUCGUACAUCGACACGUUCCGGGAGCGGACCGCCGCCAUCAGCCACACAUCGACCUUCCGCGAGACGGGUCAGAUCACGCCCGAGGAGUUUGUCCUCGCUGGCGACUUCCUCGUCUUCAAGUUCCCCUCAUGGCAGUGGGCCGACGCGUCAUCGCCUGCAAAGCGCGUGUCGUACCUGCCGGAAGGAAAGCAGUUCCUGGUAACGCGCGGCGUGCCCUGCCACCGACGGCUCGACGACAACUUUGCGGGGGAGGCGGGCCAAGAUGAGACCAUAGUGAGGGACGGCUUCGCUGCUGGGGAAGGCGCGACCGACGACGACGGCUGGCUCAGGACCGGAGGCAUGGCCGCGAGCCAGGAGGCCAAGGUGCGCGACGUGCGGACGGUCGAUGAGAGCGGCAACCUAGGCGCGGCAGAGGAGGAUGACGAGAUACCCGACAUGGAGGAUAUCGAAGACGACGAGGAAGCCAUCAUAAGAGACCCCAAGGCCGACUCAAAUACAAAAGCACCCCUCCGCACAUACACCCUCUACAUCACAUACUCCGCCCACUACCGAACACCGCGAUUGUAUCUCUCGGGCUACGGCUCCACGUCCGUUCCGCUCAAACCGCAAGAAAUGAUGGAGGACAUUGUCGGAGACUACAAGGACAAGACCGUCACCAUCGAGGACUUCCCUUUCUUUGAGAACCCUCUCAAGACCGCCUCAGUACAUCCGUGCAAACAUGCAUCCGUCAUGAAAGUCCUCCUUGACCGCGCCGACGCUGCUCUGAAGCUGCGACUCGCUAAGCUUAAAGCCGGCAAGGAUGUCAGCAAGCUCGACAGCGGUAUGGAGGCGCUUGUCGAUGAUACACGGCUGCUCAAGCUUACUGAGCAAGCGAAGAACAAGGACGGCGAUGAGGGCAAGGACGACUGGGAGGUUCUCGGUGAGGGCGGCGACGAGGAGGUAGCUAUCCGCGUGGACCAGUAUCUUGUCGUCUUCUUGAAGUUCAUGGCCAGUGUGACUCCAGGUAUAGAACAUGAUUUCACCAUGGGUGUCUAG